AUGGCCGGGGCAGUGCCUGAGAGCGGCAACACUGCGGCAUGGGUGGAUCUGCAGCUGAAGGCCUCCCGGAACCUCCGAGCCUUGUUUGCGGGCUACGGUUCCCUCCCGGAGUCUUGCGCCAUCGUGGCUGACCGGGAGGCUCGGACCUCUCUGUUGGAGCUGAAUCUGGAGGCUCUAGAGCAUCUGGCAUCUGCAGAUGGCGACGGUCACGGCCGGGUGGAUGUUGUGCAGGAGCUCCGGGCCGCGCACGCCGCAGCCGCAGCUGUCAAGUCCGCAGCGAUGCCUCUGCACUGCCAGGAGUCCGCCGACCUGAAACGCCGGUCGCUGGAGAGGCUCUGGGAGGAGUACCAGUUUGGGCCCCUCGUGGAGGAAGCCUAUCCCUGCGACCCAUGCGGCCUGCAGGGCAUGGCCAUGUUCCUGGAGUUCCACAUCGGUCGGGGAGGCGAGCUCCUGGAACGCCGCGCGGAGCCAGACCGAUCGGUCCUUCGAGCCCUGAGGGGCCUUCUGAGCCUGCAGCAGGUCCUCGCGCGCCCGGCCUCCAUGUCAACUAGUGCCAUGCAGGAUGUGGACAACUGGGGUCCCGACGUUGCCUUCGGCGGCUGGCGCAGCGCCGUGUCGGACGUCGAGGAGGCCGUUUGGAAAGGCCUGGCGUUUCCUGAGCUGCACACAGCUGCCGGGCACCUGAUGGCGGAACUUGCCAAAGCCGGGCUCCUUCCGGACAUCUUUGCAGCGAUGAUGGAGCAUCCGCCGGUGGUGGGUCUGGGUGGAACCACGCUGCCGCAGGGUCGCGAGCCUUCGGAUGUGCAGCCGCCCAGGGAUCCGAGGUUUCAAUCGAUGAGCAUCCCGGGGUACAACAUGAAGCCGGUGAACCGCUACGAAGAGCGUGCCUUGCGCAUGUGGGGCGACGAAGAAAUCGAGGAGAACUGGGACCCGGUGAGGCUGGGUCUCUCCUACAUCGACCUGACCCCCGCCUGCGACCUCCCGCUGCAGGUCGCCAUGUGCUUCCUAAGCGCUGCUUUGUGGCUUUGGAGAGCUCUAGAGCUGCUGGGCGACAACUGUGGAGGCGACGGCUGGCUGGACAUCUACAUCUUCGAGGAUAUUUGGUCUGCCCCGGAAGCUGCAAAGCGCCUGGCCAUGCAGUACAGCCUGAAACGCGCGGUUCUGGAGCUCGUGGACUACGCAGCCAACAUGGCCGAGCAUCAGCUUCUGCCCGGUGCCCGGCUGGCUGUCCAGCGCAGCGGGUACCUGCUGCUGCGGAAGGUCACUGCGCGCUUCGGCGUCGCAGAAGACGGGCCGAAAGUCAUGGCUCAGCUGAAACGCUACUUUGCGGCUGCCCGGGUGAACCCGCUUUGGUCGCCGCCGGUGCUCCCGGUCUCAGAUGCUGUUUUCAUCGACAUACUUUCAGGCAGGCUGCAUGCAGCCUUCCUCGAAAAGCUGCACUCCUUCACUCAUGAGUCGGACUCGUCGGUUCUGCCUCAAGCUGUGCCGGAGUACACACUCUACGAAGCAGCACUACUUGGUGGAGGAGAGGUCAACAUGACCUUUGCACGCUAUGAGCUGAUGGGCGCUUUGCUCCGCGACACGCGCAACACGUGGUCGCAGGUUGAGUCCUUGCUCAGCGACGCCCCAUUCCACCAGGAUGCCGCAGGCUUCGUGUCCGACCAGCGGCCGAGACCAAAAUGGGCCUCCCUCGUGGCCGAGUUCUCAGCGGUACGUGGACUUCGAGUCGAUACUGGCACCGGCACGGCGACCCUUCUGCUGUCAAGGCCCUCGGCCGCUGCGCCAGCGCUCUUCUCCUUGGCAGACAUGGCUGCAGUUCUCGCGUUGGAGGACGCGGAGCCCAUGGCUGUUAUGCUGGACCCUCCGGCUCAGCCUGGGGCGGGGAUGGCAGAAUAUCCCCACCAUCCAUUUCAGCGCGUCACCGUGAGCCCAGGUGCAGGUGCCAGCAGCCGCUUAGCCCAAACCUCGCUGCUGCAUGCGGCCUUGGCGAUACAGCAGCUGGCAUCCGGCACCGAGGUUGCCUUCAGAGCGCCUUUUCCAACACGAGACUGCGCUCGUGGCCUUUGUAAGGCGCUGCCGAAGUCGCUUCGGUCAAAGCUGUCGCCGAUUUCGCACCUGCGCACGGAGGUUAGCCGAGACUUCCGUGCACGGGAAGUUUCGCCUGCUGCAUUCAACUCCGCUGGCCACACCGUUGGUCAUGGAGUGCCCGAGGAUACCGUGCCCACCGCCGAAGUCCUGGGCCUAGGAUACAUCGCUUAUGCACCGCUGUGCCUGAACCUUGCAAGUCCAGAAAACCAGCAAGUCCUAGCAAGUGUCGUCCCUGUAGCCAGGGUACAUGCCGGCGAGCCCUUGCGGGAGCUGAACGAAGAGGAGUUCAGGAAGUGGCCCACCAGCCGCCUCCAAUCAGCGCUGAAGCAGAUUCAGUCGGAGCUUGUGGGCACGGAUCCUCAGGAUGAGCUUCCGCCCCUGGAGAAGCAGGAGCUCGUCGAUCGUCUCCUCCGUGCAGCCAAGAGGGGUUUGCUCGUCGAAGACGAGGAGGAGUCGAAAGACCCCUUGAUUCGCUUCUCCCGGCGGCUGACGCACCACUUAGCCGAGGUUGGCCAGCGCUGGCCACACUUGGCACGAAUCGCACCAUUCUGCGCGUUGCGUGCUGCUGGCCUCAUCAUACGGAUGCAGCUGCAACAGAUGAGGGAGUCCAUCAAGGAGCAGCAGGAGGGUCUGCAGGAGGCCUCAAAGCAGCACGCCGAUGGUGUGAGGACUCAGCAUCAUCAAGGUUGGCGAGGAGUGCUGGCGGAAGUGCACAAAGGUGUGCUGAGUCAGCUUGGCUUCGUUGACUUGGACCACGGCCGAUGCUUCGAAGGCAAGCCCCAAACCUUCGCCGACUGCUGCAGCGUGGGGGACUUCGAAGACCGGUGCUGGGGUGCUGAAUCGGAUCUUUCAGCACGUGACAAGGACCGCUGCUGUGGCGGCGCCGCAGGGCGCCGCGCGCUGAGCCCACAGCUCGUGGCCUCCGUCGCGGCGCAGUUGGGAAGCGCUUCCCCGAAGAAGCCACCCGCGGAGGUGCUCGUUCCGGCAGUAGAUGCCUGGUUGAAGGACCCUGCUGGCAGACUGCCCAGUGGCGAGACUGGCAGUAUGGCCCUGAUCCACCUGCUUGCAGAGGAUGUUUCUGCAGAGGAUGUCCUCCAUCAGCAGGGUCAGAAGCUCAAGGCGCCAGCAGAGAAGCUAGCUCUCGAUCUGAAAUCCAUGGAGGGAGCUCCUGGCGUCGUUGGACAAGACAACCACGAGAGCUGGAUCCCGGUGCCUACACUGGCUGCAUCGGGGGGCCGCCGUGCCCUCUACACGACCAUCGCCCUCUCUCCGCAGCUUCUGCCCCUGGAGCCCGACGAAGCCGAGGCCGCCGAGGCGAACGCGCGGAUCCGCACACCGGGCGCCUGGGAGGAGGUCCGACUGGAGGACGCCUCGGAGUCGGCGUUGCAGAAGCUGCUGGCCAAGGAGGCCGCCCACUUCGCGAGGCACGAGGCCUCUCCCACCCUCCGGGCGCUGCACGAGGCAGCGUCCUUGCUGAAAGAACUGGAUCAUCGUAGCGAGGAGCUGGAGGGACAGAGCAGCAAAGAGCCUGCCCAAGUCCAGGAGCACCUGGCCGAGUGUUCUGCCGGCUGGCGUGAACUCGGGGAGGCAGAGAUUCGGCAGCUCGCGCCGAAGAGUCGUCUAAGGCUCCGCCAGCGCGGCGGGGAGGAUCCGAGUGGCCGAGAAGUUCUGCUGCUGGCUCAGCUUCGGGUCACCGGUGAGCCCGGGACACAGGACACUGUCUGGGAAGUGCAGAUGCUGGACGGAAGCGAGCCCAAAAUCCAGUACUUUAACCUGCUGCGGUCAGACUUCGCCGUCGGUGAGCCGUGCCAGGGAACCCGGCCAGACAUCAACGCCAGCGAGGCGGAUCUGCGGCUCGAUACCCUGGGGCAGGACCACGUCCAGGCCUCGUCCAUCGGGAGCGCGGUACAUGCAGAGUGGCCCGCGUGCAUCGAAGUCGGUGUCUCCACCAGGUCUUUAGACGGCUCGGGGCUCUUCGUGAAUCUCGAAGCGCUGGGCAUCAAUAGCGGAUGCUUCCGAGACGAUUGUUCUCACUCUGACCACUUUGAGGCUGCAGCUCCGGCAGAGUGCGCGAAGAUCUGCCAGAAGAUUGGAGCCUGCCGCACCUGGACCUUCUGGGAGUCGAGUCCCUCGACGUGCUGGCUCCGAGGUUCGGCCUCCGGCCAGCCCGUGGGAAGGAUUGACGCUGCCGGUGCCGUCUCUGGGUCCUUGAAGUGCGCACCCGCCUUCGAUGCAGACACCCAGGGUCCCGCCGAACCCACGCUGCUGUCACUCAUUGCUGGCAGCAGUGGCACCAUUCCUCCCAGCCUUUGGCAGGAGUGGGACUUGGUCGGCACUUUGUCGGAGCUUGGCCACCUCACCCUCAAGGAGCUUCGGCGACUGCGGCCCACGGCGCGGCAGCGAAGCGCACUGCGAAUCGCUGCCAAAGCUUUGGACCCCAGCGUGUGGAGUCGGAAGCCUCUGGAGUCUUCGCCGUCCUAG